UUCGAAGGACGUUUGUGAACUCUAAAAUUCCCUUGUUAAAAGACUGUUUGUUUGCUUACAGUUAGACCUACAGAUGAAUUAUGGCUUCGCGCCAUGUCCCCUACACCGAUAUGUCAGAUAUGGGGCGUGCAGCACAGGAAACGGAAAUACAGCGUGCUGCUAAUCAACAACUUAUUGAAGAAGGUAGGAUAAUUAAACACAAGGAGCUUGAGAAAAUGAGACGUGAAGAGGAAAGUAAGGAUGACAGUGGUAGUGAGCGUCCUGAAGUCAUCAUUAAAGUUAAUUCUCGAGGUGGUUCACGCUAUAGCAGCCAGCGUUCUUCAGCUGAUUUAACAUCAUCAAUCAACUCAAGGAAUUUGGAUGCACGUGAACUUCGAGCUCAAUUAGUGCAAUUAGAAGAAAAGGUUAAGGGGGCAAUGUUAUCCAAUGUUCAAUUAGACAAUGACAAACAACUUUUGAAGUAUGAAGUUGAUUUACUGAAAGAUAAAUUGGAAGAUCUUACAGAUGCUUAUGCUUCGUUGAAUAAAAUUUUCCUGGAAAAUAAACGGGACUUAGCAUAUCAUAAAAUGCAAAUUGUUGAAUUGACACAUCGUCUAGACUAUGCACGUCAUCAAGUGGAGGCACGUGAUCAAUUGAUUGUGGAACAUGGUUUAGUAUUAAUCGGUGGGACCAGUGUCGAUGAACAUUUGACAUCGGCAUCGUCAAACAUGCCGGUGGACGAGGUAACAGCAACAACAACCAAUGCACAUGUAUCAUCGGCGAAUAAAGGCAAAUCCACAAGUCAUAAUAGUAAUGACAGUAAUUCAAUCAUGAUGAAUGGUUUAUCCAAUAAUACUAAUAAUAGUGAUGGUGAUCAUUCAAGGUCAAAUGCAUUGCAACAUCAAAAUGGCGCCGGUAAACUGUCAAAUCAUUUACCUGAAAUGGUCCUUAUUACAAAGUCUACAGCGGAAUUAUUAAAUACUUUGUCAGAAACAACAUUAGAUAAACAAAUUCAACAAUUGUUUAGUAUACGUUCUGAAUUAGACGCCCGUGUGGAAGAAUUAGAAACACAAUUAAGAGAAGAACGUAAACGUUCUGAGGCGCCAACUGCACGUUAUGAUCCAAGAACACGUACAAAUACCGAUGAUAUUAAACAUGAAUUACAAUGUAAGUUGAUUUAUUCAUGUAUAAUUCCUCAUCACAUUACCUCUAACACUGCUACUACUUCUGCUAAUAAGAUUGUACGUUUAGAAGGUCAAACAAAACGAUAUAAAGCUAUAGCGGAUGCAUGUGAAGAACAAGAAGAAAUUUUAAAACAAGAUCGAAGAAAAUGUCAACGUGAACUACGAGAAGUUCAAUCGAAAUUAGAAGAUCUUAAAGCAGAGAAUGCACGACUUCAACGACUUGUAGAUAAAAGUAAUCGUAUGACUAAUAAUAAUGCUUCAACUAUACGUCAACCUCGUGAUUCUUCAACGAAUCGAUAG